AUGUCCCAGCCACGUCUCUUCACCCUCCUGGUGCUGCUCCUCUGCUGCCAGGGUCCCUCUGCCCAGAUCACGGACAACGUCGUUGAGAGAUGGAAGGAGUACAGCGAAGAGUGCCAGCGCAACAUGAGCCGCCUGCCUGCACCCACAGAGCUGGUCUGUAACCGCACCUUUGACAAGUUCUCAUGCUGGCCUGACACGAUGCCCAACAGCACAGCCAGUGUGCCCUGCCCUUGGUUCCUGCCCUGGUACCAGAAAGUGAAGCACAGACACGUCUUCAAGACCUGUGGGCCAGACGGACAGUGGGUGACAGGCCCACAGGGACAGUCCCUGCGCGAUGCCACACAGUGUGAGCAGGAUGACGAGGACCUAAAGGCGCAGGAAAAAUUUGCCAAGACCUAUGGCAGCUUCAAGGUGAUGUACACUGUGGGCUACUCUGUGUCCCUGUGUGCACUGCUGCUUGCUCUGGCCCUGCUGCUGGGCUUCAGCAAGCUGCACUGCAUGAGGAACUACAUACACAUGAACCUCUUCGCCUCCUUCAUCCUGAAGGGCAUCUCUGUGCUGGUCAUCGAUGCCCUGCUCAAGACCCACUACAGUGACAAGAUUGACGGCUACAAUGUGCAAGUCUGGCUGAGCGACGAGGCAGCUGCAGGCUGCCGGGCAGCCACAGUCUUCAUGCAGUAUGGCAUUGUGGCCAACUACUGCUGGCUGCUGGUGGAAGGCAUCUACCUGCACAACCUGCUGGUGGUGGCUGUCUUCUCCGAGAGGAGCUACUUCACCCUCUACCUGUGCAUCGGCUGGGGGGCACCCAUGCUGUUCCUCAUUCCCUGGGUCAUUGUGAAGUUCCUCUACGAAAACAUACAGUGCUGGUCCACAAACAACAACAUGGGCUUCUGGUGGAUCCUUCGCUUCCCCGUGUUCCUGGCCAUCCUGAUCAACUUCUUCAUCUUCAUCCGCAUCAUUCAGAUCCUUGUUUCCAAGCUCCGUGCACACCAGAUGCGCUACACUGACUACAAGUUCAGGCUGGCCAAGUCCACGCUGACGCUGAUCCCCCUGCUGGGCAUCCACGAGGUGGUCUUCGCCUUCAUUACAGACGAGCACGCCCAGGGCACGCUGCGCUACGUCAAGCUCUUCUUCGACCUCUUCCUGAGCUCCUUCCAGGGGAUGCUGGUAGCCAUUCUCUACUGCUUUGUCAACAAGGAGGUACAGGCAGAGCUGCUGAAGCGGUGGCAGCGCUGGAAGCUGGGGAAGGACCUGGCUGAGGAGUACAAGCAGACCUAUAGCCAUGCACCCAGUGCCCGCAAUGGGGCUGGCAGCACCUGCGAGAAGCACCAGCUGGUAAGCGGCUGUGCCAACGGGCUGGGGCACAGCCUGGCCCCCCACCCCAGCUCCCAGCGCCUGGAGAGGAGUGGGCACAGCAUUGCCGAGCACCUCACCCUGGAUGGCCAUCACCACUGCUAUGAGUUUCCUGAGACCACGGCUGAGAGCCACUUCUGAGCCUGCCGCCAGGUGGGAGGGCUGUGCUGAGCCGCUGGGAUGCCACUGUUCCCUGCCAUGUCCUUCCCAGGUGCUGGUGGGCACUGGGACCUGCCACCCUGGCAAGGGUGCUGUGCUGGGCAAAUGGACAAUGGACACAAUGAGGCAGACAAGUGGGACCUGGACCUCUGGAAGGGGAGACUGU